AUGGGUGUCUGGGGACUCGGCCUCCUGCAGUCCGACGACGACUACGACAUCGAGUCCGACCUGGACGACAUGUUCGGGCUCAACCUGUUCCAACCGACCGACGAGGCCGAGAGCGUCGCCACCGUCGAGAAGCUCAACACCGACCGCUUCCUCGCCAAGAAGUUCGACAAGAUCCUCACGGCCACCUUCGUGCCGCCGCGCGCUGCGUACCAGCAGCGCGACCGCAUCGCCGUCAUCUUGGGGAUGCUGGCCAUGCAGCUAGGCGCCAAGAUCGAGAGCCAGCACAUGAGGAUGCUACGGUUGUUGCGACCGGCCCUGCCCACCCUUGAGCAGCAGCUCCAGCUCCUGGCGGCGCUCGACGGGUACAAGAAUGAUGGCACGCAAUGGGAGAGCGGAAGCAAGAGUCUGAUGGACGCGACGACAACCAAGGGUGAUGCGACGGAGUAUGAUCUUGGUGAUGAGUUUUGGUUCAGUGGCCUUGGCCACUCUGCCGACGAGAAUCCUACAUCCAACAUGUGGAGCACCAGCUGUCUUAGCUGUGGCGACGACGAAUCCACCCUGACCACUUGUGGCCGGUGUAAGAUGGGACGAUAUUGCAGCAAGACUUGCCAAAAGUUGGACUGGCCGAUUCACAAGAAAGUUUGUGCUCCUCGUGAGAAGACCCGCUCUUGUCCGGUUUUCAAUAUCGUCGAGAGACAGGAGACCACAGAAGGACAGAGAGAGGCCAACGGUCCUGACGUUCUCAAGGAGGGUCAAGGAGAUAUUCGUGAAGAAGAGCAUGAGGAGCACAGAGAGGAACAUGAGAAAGAGGGGGUGGAGGUCAGUAUCACCGCUCCUGCUGCUUGA